AUGAGUCCUUUAAUUAAAUCUUUGCUAAAAGCUAAAUCCAGAAUUGCUCGGUCGCAAAAGGAUAGACUCAGUUUAAUUAACAAAAGAAUUUCUGAUGUCAUUUGUCUAAACAGAAGAAAUUUUAGGACCUUGGUGGGAAGUAGAACUUGGUGGAGAAAGACGAAUGAUAUUUCUCAGCGAAAUGCAUCGUCAUCAAGAGUUGCUUUAGAUAAUGCAUCACUUACAAGAUUAAAUCGCUACUUUGGCGAACUCUGCCACGAUAAUAGUUAUGUCGAACCGACGCUCUCAAUUAUUGGUGAUGAAGUAGAUAUUCCUAGCUUCACGAACAGCAG